AUGUAUCGAAAAGUAUCCAUAUAUCGAAAAGUAUCAAUAUAUCGAAAAGUAUCGAAAUAUCGAAAAUAUCGAAAAGAUAUCGAUAAGUAUCGAAAAGAUAUCGAUAAGUAUCGAAAAGAUAUCGAUAAGUAUCGAAAAGAUAUAGAUAAGUUUCGAAAAGAUAUCGAAAAGUAUCGAAAAGACAUCGAAAAGUAUCGAAAAGUUAUCGAAAAGUAUCGAAAAGAUAUCGAAAAGUAUCGAAAAGUUAUCGAAAAGUAUCGAAAAGAUAUCGAAAAGUAUCGAAAAGAUAUCGAAAAGUAUCUAUAUAUAUCGAAAAUAUCGAUAUAUAAGUACCGAAAAGAUAUCGAAAAGUACCGAAAAGAUAUCGAAAAGUACCGAAAAGAUAUCGAAAAGUAUCGAAAAGAUAUCGAAAAGUAUCGAAAAGAUAUCGAAAAGUAUCGAAAAGAUAUCAAAAAGUAUCGAUAUAUCGAUAAGUAUCGAAAAGAUAUCGAAAAGUAUCGAUAUAUCGAUAAAAAAGAUAUCGAAAAGUACCGAAAAGAUAUCGAUAAGUACCGGAAUGAUAUCGAAAAGUACCGAAAAGAUAUCGAAAAGUACCGAAAAGAUAUCGAAAAGUACCGAAAAGAUAUCGAAAAGUACCGAAAAGAUAUCGAAAAGUACCGAAAAGAUUUCGAAAAGUACCGAAAAGAUAUCGAAAAGUACCGAAAAGAUAUCGAAAAGUACCGAAAAGAUAUCGAAAAUUACCGUAAAGAUAUCGAAAAGUACCGAAAAGAUAUCGAAAAGUACCGAAAAGAUAUCGAAAAGUACCGAAAAGAUAUCGACAAGUACCGAAAAGAUAUCGACAAGUACCGAAAAGAUAUCGACAAGUACCGAAAAGAUAUCGAAAAGUACCGAAAAGAUAUCGAAAAGUAUCGAAAAGAUAUCGAAAAGUACCGAUAUAUCGAAAAGUACCGAAAAGAUAUCGAAAAGUAUCGAAAAGAUAUCGAAAAGUACCGAAAAGAUAUCGAAAAGUACCGAAAAGAUAUCCAAAAGUACCGAAAAGAUAUCGAAAAGUACCGAAAAGAUAUCGAAAAGUACCGAAAAGAUAUCGAAAAGUACCGAAAAAUUUUCGAAAAGUAUCGAAAAGAUAUCGAUAAGUAUCGAAAAGAUAUCGAUAAGUAUUUAUAUAUAAUGAAAAUAUCGAUAUAUAAUGAAAAGUAUCGAAAAGAUAUCGAUAAGUAUCGAAAAGAUAUCGAUAAGUAUCGAAAAGAUAUCGACAAGUAUCGAAAAGUUAUCGAUAAGUAUCGAAAUUUUAUAGAUAAGUAUCGAAAAGAUAUCGAAAAGUAUCGAAAAGAUAUCGAAAAGUAUCGAAAAGACAUCGAAAAGUAUCGAAAAGAUAUCGAAAAGAUAUCGAAAAGUAUCGAAAAGAUAUCGAAAAGUACCGAAAAGAUAUCGAAACGUAUCGAAUAG